AUGAUAGAUAAAACUACUGAGCAGAUAAAGAAGAUUCGUAGCCGAAUGCUUAUAGCACAAAGCCAUCAGAAGAGCUAUGUUGAUCAAAGGCAAAAGCCUUUGAAAUUUGAAGAAGGGGAGCAUGUCUUUCUGAAGGCUACACCAACUGCUGGAGUGGGAAGAGCUAUUAAGACUAAGAAACUGAAUCCCCGUUAUAUUGGACCAUUUGAAAUCCUGAAAAGAAUUAGGCCAGUAGCUUAUAGAAUUGCUUUACCGCCUUAUCUUUCGAACUUACACAAUGUGUUUCAUGUAUCACAGCUUCGAAAGUAUACUCCUGACGGGAGUCAUGUUCUGGAACCGGAACCAAUCCAAGUGAGAGAAGAUCUAACACUUCCAGUAACCCCAGUAAGAAUUGAUGACACCAGCGUUAAACGAUUACGAGGAAGGGAAGUAUCAUUGGUAAAAUUAGCUUGGAGUCAAACUGGUAUCGAGGAACAUACCUGA